CAGUUACAGUUUAAAUUAGUUUAUUUACGCAAAGAUGGAGAAGAAAGAAAAAAAUUUUUCUUUGAAGCAAUCACAGACAUUGCAAGACAAGAAUGAUAAGAAUACUGAUCUGUCUAAUAUUUCAAUGUUGUUCGAAAAGCAUUUUGCUAUCUCAAAUGUGCAACAAGAUACACAAAUGUAUGUAUUACCUGAGGUAGGUUCUAUGUUUACAGAACCACCAUGGCGGCUGAACAAAUUGCAAAAGAUAAAAAGAGAUCUGAAUGAAGUGAAGGGUCGUCUGAACAAUUUUAAUCUCAGUAAGUGGCAGCAACACACAAAUCGGAUGAAUGAAGCAGGCGAAAUUAUACCCAUGGUAAGAGAAAAAAUACAGGCAGAACUUGUGACUCAAGCCUGGUGCAAGUUCUAUGAAAUUGCUAGCAAUUUUUCUCUGGUGCCGUUGAAUGAAAUUUAUGAAGUGGAUGGUAAAAAUUUCAAGUCCGUUCAUCUUUGCGAAGCGCCAGGUGCGUUCGUGACUGCUCUGAAUCACUGGCUGAAGACGAAUGCAUCUGAUGUUCAGUGGAAUUGGCUAGCCACCACUUUGAAUCCUUACUGUGAAGGAAAUUCGUAUGAUAAUAUGAUCGCAGACGAUAGAUUUAUUAGACACACUCUGAAACAUUGGUGCUUUGGUGCUGAUAACACGGGCGACAUUAUGAACCUGAAAAACUUGGAUACUCUGAUGAAGAAAUCCGAAUCCCUGGAUAGUAAGGGACGGAUUCUGCUGGUUACUGCGGAUGGCAGCAUAGAUUGUAUGAAUAUGCCUGGAGAGCAGGAGACCGUUGUGGCACAAUUGCACUUGUGUGAAACGGUGGCCUGCUUGCAUCUUCUGCAAAAAGGUGGUAACUUUUUGCUGAAGCUGUUCACUCUGUUUGAGCACCAGUCUGUGUGUCUGAUGUAUCUAUUGUCUUGCACCUUCCAACAGGUUAACGUAACGAAACCAGCAAGCAGCAAAGGAGGAAACUCAGAAAUGUAUGUUGUUUGUAUGAAUUUCAAGGGCAAAGAUUACAUAGCACCAUAUUUACGUACACUUAAAUAUUAUUACGGCAAUGUGCCACCUGCGAAUGCGAUGUUUAACCUGCGGGAUAUUCCGGAUGGUUUUUUAUGGAAGAUUGAACAAUGCUGCAAAUUUUUCAAGUUUCAUCAGUGCAAGAUCAUAGAAGAUAACAUAAGAACAUUUCACAAAAGAGAUAACUUUUAUAAUCUUUCGACAUCAUUUGUCAAACGAAUGAUCGGUAUCAAAUAUCUCGAAGACUAUAGAUUAAGAAAAAUAGAUCCUGCGGAUAAAAUAGUCGGCCGGGAGAUAAUUGAAAAAAACAAUCAAUUUAUGAAUAAAAAAUUGCACGUUGAUUCGUACAAUGAGCGUUGCAAGAGUCAAGACUUAGAGCCGCAAGAGCGUUUGUUGCAAGUAUGGAAUAACACGAAAGAGAUUGAAUGGCCGUCAGAAAAAUUUUACGUUUGGCAUCUACAAGCAUUACCAGAAGCUUUAGAGAUACAAACGGGAAAGUUGUUUAACAAAAUAUGUAGUUCACGCUUUUGCGAUUCAAAAAUUGUGCAAAUAUUGGACAAAAUUGAUGACGUAAUGCAAGAUAUGCACACCACCGUCUGUUUUCCACCAACAGAAAUUACGACAGAAUUUGUAUCACAAAUUGAUUCAAGCUACGAGAUAUUAAGCUUCCAAUUCGUUCAAAAUUACAACAGUCAUCAGAUAAUUGCCGAAAUUUAUGAUCGAUUAGAGAAGCUCGAAUCAGAGAAAACACUUAUUUUAGUCGGUUACUCUUUGUUAACGCAGUUAAAUAUUGGUCUUCUAUAUCUUUUAGGAAAUUCCUUUAAUAAGAUUAUAGUUGAGAUUCAUGAUAAUGAAGGCUAUCGACUUAAAUUGGAGAACUAUCGGCGGAAUGAGAAAGUAUUGGGAUAUUUAGAUGAAAUUCUGGUUGCAUCACAUAGUGCAUGUAAACAAAAUAUGGCAGUUUGGUCGAUAAUACCUAUAACAGUUUUAUAUGAAUGCACCAAGUUUCCUAUGAUGAUGCUACUUAAUCAUCUGAUGAUCAAACUAUACACUCGUCACGUUAUCAAUAUGAUGUUUGAUAAAAAGCUAUAGCAGUAUGGAACUUAUAUAUUAAUAUGAUUAUGUGUUGACAAUUAUAA